AUGGCUCCUUUGUUGAAGCAACGACGUAUUGUUGUGAUGUUCGUGUGCACGUUGUGCCUUCUUGUGCUGUUAUUCUUUGAACCCACAGAGGAGCCUCCUUCUGUCAAGACGUCCACAUACCUGCCUCAAACUAGGUUCGUGGACAACAAGAAGACUGGGCAAAAUGAUAUACUGUAUGAGUACCGCAUCUUUGUGUUUACAUAUGCAAGGCCAGAAGGACUUCGCGUGACGCUGUCAUCUAUACUGAACUCAGACUACUCCAAGGCUCGUGGCAGCACAAUUGACCUGGAGGUGUUUGUGGACUAUCGAUUAACUGAUGUUUGUCGUACGCGAAGGAAGCAGGCUGAAAUCCUUGAUAUUCUCAGGAGCGUUUCAUGGCCGUAUGGUCGGUACAGAAUACAUCAGCGGUACACCAACAUUGGUCUC